UGGAAGCGAGCAAAAACAAGGAGAGCCAAAGGUUUUGCAAUGAAGUGGGACGGUCUUUCAAAGGAGAUUGAUCACUGCCUUGGCUCGGUGCCCCAACAGUAACAAGGAAGGUUGCCGGACAGAGAAACCAACAGCCUGAAAAUCCUGAGAUGACAACUGGCUCUGAGGUUUACAAGACAAAGGAAAUCUGAUUUAGAUCUUGUUGGUAGAUGAAAUAGACAAGACUGAGACACGGUCAUCAUAAAAUCAGUCCAAGACCCACAGCAGGAAAGACCAUAGCGACAGAGCCAUCGGUGUUCCCAAGAGAGAAGGUCAACACCAUGGAGGGCAAAGCAACUCCUCAACAAGCAAAAGAUGGCCUGUCUUUUAUGGAUAAAAGCCUUGGGUCACAUCCUAUGAAGAGAAUCUCACUAACUCUUUCAAAGUUAAAGAUGUUUCUCAUAGCACUGGCAUUUUCCUAUUUUGCCAAAGGUUUUUCGGGAAGCUACAUGAAGAGUAUGAUGACCCAGAUCGAAAGGAGAUUUGAAAUCCCAUCAUCUGUAGCUGGUCUGAUUGAUGGAAGCUUUGAGAUAGGAAACCUAUUGGUUUUAGUCCUGGUGAGCUACCUUGGACCAAAAGUUCAUCGCCCAAAGGUCAUUGCUGUGGGGUGUUUUAUCAUGUCCAUUGGAGCAUUUCUGUCAGUGGUGCCACAUUUCAUAAUGGGCCGUUAUAAUUUCAAAAGCAUUGCUGAUUCUAUGGCCAAUUCUUCUGCAAGUGUUUCCGCCUGCUCGCCAGAAUCGCCUCUUCACAAUGGCACAGGAAAUUUGGAUGCUCUUGAAUGUGAAAAGGCAGCAAGUUCCUCUCUCUGGGUCUUUGUGCUUGCUGGAAAUCUUCUGCGUGGAAUUGGGGAGGCACCUAUUAUGCCACUGGGAAUGUCUUACAUCGAUGAUUUCUCCACAGAAGAAAACUCUGCUUUUUAUAUAGGAACUGUAAGAUCAGUUGGGAUGUUUGGACCAACCCUCGGCUUCCUGCUUGGAGCUUUAUGUGCCAACCUGUGGGUAGAUAUUGGAAUGAUAGAUCUGGAUACUCUGACAAUAAAUUCUAAGGAUACCCGUUGGGUUGGUGCUUGGUGGAUUGGAUUACUGCUUGGUGGAGGACUGAGCUUCAUGGCCUCCUUACCUUUCUGGUUCCUGCCUUAUUCUUUGCCCAAAGAAGGAGAAGUGGAGGUCAUUAAGAAGUCAAGUGACGUGUUCACAAUCACCAAAGAAGGCAAUGGCAAAACAGAACCACCAAAUUCAACACCAUCACGACCACAGUUGAAGAUCUCAGAGGCAGCCAAAGAAUUUUUUCCUGCUUUGAAGAAGCUAUUUGGAAAUUCCAUCUACUUGGUCUAUUUGCUCCUCACUGUCUUACAAUUCAAUUCACUGGUUGGCAUGAUAACAUACGAGCCAAAGUUCAUGGAACAGCAGUUUAACAUUUCUAUUUCAAGGGCCAUCUUUUUAAUUGGUGUGAUACUUUUGCCUAUUACCGUUGUAGGAAUGUUCCUGGGGGGCUUUCUCAUCAAGAAGCUCAAGCUAAACACACCAGCAAUGGCAAAGUUUGCAUGCAUCUCCUUUCUUUUAGCGUACCUAGUAAAUCUCUUGUACUUUGCAACUAAUUGCCAGGUGCUUCAGGUGGCUGGACUCACUGUCAACUAUUCCGGUGUAAAAGAACCAUCCUUCUCUCAAAUAGAACCACUGUCUGCCUGCAAUGCCGACUGCAGCUGUGAAGACAAUCACUGGGAUCCAGUCUGUGGAAGCAAUGGGAUUACUUACAUGAGUGCAUGUUUAGCUGGCUGCAGAGGUUCAGUGGGAAGUGGAAAAGAUAUGGUAUUUCACAACUGUAGUUGUGUUGGAGAAUCAGGACCUGGCAAUUUUUCGGCAGUUUUGGGCCAAUGUCAAAGGGAUUCUUGCACUAAAAAUCUGCCUUACUUUCUACUGAUGCUGUCCGUAGUAUCAUUUAUUUUAGCCCUGGGAGGAACACCAUUGUACAUGCUCAUCUUCAGAACGGUUUCGCCAGAAUUAAAAUCCUUUGCUGUUGGUAUUGAAACGUUGUGUGGGAGGGUUCUUGGAGGACUUCCUGCACCAAUUUAUUACGGAGCCUUGAUUGAUCUCACCUGCUUGAAAUGGAGUAAGAAAACCUGUGGAGGAUCAGGGACUUGCAGGAUGUACGAUACUAAAGCGUUUAGAAAUGUCUACCUUGGACUCAAUAGUUCAAUCAGAUUGGCAUCCUGUCUCUUAUAUAUCAUUAUCUGCGUUUUAAUUAUGAGGCGAUUCAGACGUGACCACAAAAAGAAAAACACCAAUGGAGUGCCCGAGGGGACCAGCUUCAAAGUGUCAACAAGUGCUCCCAAGAAAGAAGACACUGCUUCUGGAGAGACCUCAGUCCAUGGAGACACAUACUUAUGAGAAAUUGACAUUAACUUGGAUCAGACACAGGGCUGCAGUUAGUGCCUUCAGCAUUGUUCUUGUGUGAUUAUUCCUCUGUGUCUGAAGUUCCUGACCAUGCCAAAUUCCAUGCUGACAAUCAGGGCAUGGACAUAUAUAACCCAUGUCUGAUUUCUGACAAUAACAUCCAACAAAGUUGUGUGAGAAACCUUGGUGGUGGACAACUUGUUGGACAUUGCUCAGUCAGCACUUCUGAAAGCGUCUGCAGGCCGGAGCCAAUUUGCACUUUAGAUUUGUCUUGUUGACUGACUGUGAUGGGUAUGUCUGGAGAAACAAUGUGGACAUUUGAAAAAUGCGCACAGAAAAAAUAAAUUUCAAGUUUCAAAGGUGCACAAACAACACUCAAAGAAAAAUGUGUGUAAAACAUGCAUACAAUUUGGAAUUUGUGCAUAUUUUAGUGAAAAAAAGGUUGUUUUUCAAGUGAAAACUGGUAUUUGGUGAUGGGAGAAAAGCUUGAUGAACAAAAAGGACUUCCACAAACCAUUAAGAGUAAUACAAAUCCUUAAUGCCUCUGUAGGGCAGAACCCACUCUCAGUGUACAAACCCAACUAAAUCUGUGCCUUUUAAAAGUU